CGGCGGCGCUGACGCAGCAGCAGCGCGGAGCUCGGGACUCGCGGCGCUCCCGCCGCUGGAUUUCUCCCCCCCGGGGCCUGCGGCAGCCUCCCGGAUUGGACAUUGAUCCUAUGACGCAUGCCCGGAAAAAACAACUUUUCCUUCUGAAACAUCCAGCUGGUUCUGCUGGCCAGGCCUCAUCGCCAACAGGCAGCAGGAGGAUGGACAGGGCCAAUGCAGAGCAGCGGGACGGAGAUGCCUCGGAGGCUCCAAAGUGUCCCAGUGGGUUUGUAGGGAAUAACAAAAGCAAGAGUUUGCGUGAAGUGCGGAAGACGUACCCGCUGCGGAGGCGGCUGCUCCCCUCGGUGAGCAAAAAGACCUGCAAGGUCCUCCUCACCAGGCUGGAGGAUGUAGCUGGCUCUUUGUCCAAACAGACCCCGAGCUGUAAAAAAAAGCACCUUCCCAGCUGGGUUGAAGGUUUGGGAUCUGCUUUGUUCUCAGAACAAGUUCAGCCUGUGGGAGCGAGCAAGAGUGAGUCAUCCGGGGAGAAGUGCACAGUGACUUAUCCCGGGCCGGAGCAGGACUUUGAUCCUGCUCCCUCGGAGCCCAGGAAGCGCCGGCUGGCCUCGCUGAACGCUGAGGCGGUGAACAACCUGCUGUUCGAACGGGACGAUGGCUUGUUAUCCGGCAGGCGCUUCCGCAGGGACUCUGGGAAGGCUGCUGGGGACUGCACCCUCAAGGGCUUGCAGUGCAAAGCUGGUGACAAUUGGCCUGCCCUGGAAAAACCGGCUGUGAAAACAGGGAAAGGAAAGAACCGGCAUGAGCCCAGUCAGAAAUGCAAUAGCUGUGAGCAUUCGCUGGAUGAGGUCUUUGAUGAUGGGGCAAAGAGGGAGGAUGGUUCCAUCUCCUACCAUCCCACCCCAAAGAGACUGGCCAGCCUGAAUGCCGUGGCCUUCUUGAAGCUGACCCAUGAGAAAGACCAACCCCUGAAACAGAGGAGUAAAUCGGACGGAGAGGCCAAGUCCGAGAACCACUGUUCGAAAUCUACACCCAAAUGGGCCAAAGCCGGACGCAAGAACUGUGUCAAAUCCAAGAAGGAAGUGGCUAGCUUAAAAAUGGAUGGGCAGCGUGGCUGGCAAGGCCAGACCCUGGGCACCUUUGGGAAAGGGGAGCAGCGGGACUCUUCCAGGCUCUACAGGACAGCAGAGCCCGUCCCCUACGAGUCGCUGCCUGGCUCCUACGCCAACACGGAGGGCUUCUACCACAGACUGCCUUUGCUCAUGGGAGGACAAGCUUCCAUGAAGCCGGAGUAUGGAAGACCUGGAGAGAAAUCCCCAACCCCCAAACAGGAAUUUCAUCAGCCUUCCUUUCCCGUGCAGCAGUUCCCUCCCUUGCCCGUGCCCGGGAAUCACGCGGAUUGUGGAUGUCUCUAUGAAUCCUCAGAUCUGACUCCGUUGAACGGGUUUUAUGUUUAUUAUGGCCAAAGUGGAUACAGUGGCUAUUCCCCCUGCUCCGUUUAUCCCAAGGACGAGCUGUCGCAGGCUGCGACCUGCGAGGGGCUCCUUGUAUCUUCCGGUUCCUUGCCAUCAGGUGCUCAUUUCCAGCCCCUGCACUGGUGCAGCUCUCCGUACUGCUGCGGGGAGGGAGCAGCCGUGAGCAGCUACAGCGUCUGCGGCGUGGUGCAUGUGCCGGAGGGCAGGAUCGGCAGCGUGCAUGCGGGACGGAGCAGCUACCCCUACAAAAUGCCUUUUGCAGCAGAAGGCUGCAAGUCUCUGGACCAGCUGAACCUCACAAUCCCAGUGGCAGGACACCCCGCGUCGCCUGCCCACCCGCUCUCAGGAUGUCCUGUGCCCAGCGUGCCACCAGCUGCAGAGCCCGUCCCUCACCUGCAGACCCCCAACUCUGACCCUCAGACCAUGGCCCGAGAAUGUCCUCAGAGCUCCAAGCCUCCCAGCGGCUCCAAGUCCGGGCUGCGGAAUACUCCAGGCUGCCUGCACGCCUCCAACAGCAAAGCGGCCGGGGGCCAUUCCCACCCCAAGCAGCAGCGGAUCAGCCGGCGCAGAGCCACCAACGGCUGGAUCCCCGUGGGCACGGCCUGCGAGAAGGCCGUCUAUGUCGUGAACGAGCCGGAGCCGGCCGUGCGCAAGAGCUACCAGGCCGUGGAGAGGGACGGGGAGAUCAUCCGGGUGCGGGACACCGUGCUCCUCAAAUCGGGGCCCCGCAAGAAAUCCAUGCCCUACGUCGCCAAGAUCUCUGCACUCUGGGAGGACCCUAAAACAGGGGAGCUGAUGAUGAGCCUCCUGUGGUAUUACAGACCAGAGCACACUCAGGGAGGCCGCAACCCCAGCAUGCACCAGAAUGAGAUCUUUGCGUCGCGGCACCAGGAUGAGAACAGCGUCGCCUGCAUCGAGGAGAAGUGCUACGUGCUGACCUUCGCAGAGUACUGCAGAUUUUGUGCCUUGGCAAAGCGUCGAGUCGAAGGGAUCCCGGGCAGGAAAACCAUCAUGGUUCCUCCCUCAGAGGAGUAUUCCACCCCUCUGCACCGCAAGGUGCCCGAGGACACGGACCCCGAUCUGGUUUUCCUCUGUCGUCACGUCUACGACUUCAGGCACGGGCGCAUCCUGAAGAACCCGCAGUAGCACAGCCCGUGGGCCGGAGCGCGGCGGGAGCGGGCGGCACCGCAGCGCCCGUGGCCCGGGACACCCGUGCACUCUCCCCCACCUCAUGCUGCUGCAGCUGGGAGCACCCAGUGCUCCAUCCUGGGACUCGGGAGCGUGCGAGGAGCGGAGCCCGUGGAGGGGGAGGCAGCAGUUGAAAGCACAGCACUUCAUUAAAAGCAUAAAUGAAAAUAUAUACGUAAAAAAUAAAUAUAUGUAUAUAGAUA